UGAAACAAUUCAAGGAGGAACGAUUCGCUCAAUUCGUAAUGCGCUUGAAACAACAAGCAGCAGAUUGCGGUUUCGAUAAGUAUUCAUCCGAAGUGUCCAAGAUUUUAACUGAGAUCACAUUGAUUGAUGUCAUUGUCCAAGGCUGUACUUCGAGUGAGCUGCGUCGUCGUAUAUUGAAGGAAGACCAAUCUCUAGCCGAAAUUGAAGCAUUAGGCGCUAUGUAUGAAUGCGUGGAUGAGCAGAUCAAGAGUUUGGAUAAAGCGAACGUUGGGUAUCAACAUGAGAAGGUGUUCAGAGUAGUCGAAAAUCGGAAAAUAGAAGAAAAAAUGACUGGGGAAUGCAAAGCUUCUUGUUUUCGUUGUGGAAACACGGGACAUUUUUCGAAAUCACUAAAUUGCCCCGCUAGGAAUAAAACGUGCAGGCGUUGUAAGCGCAUUGGACAUUUUGAGUCCGUAUGCCGUGGAACUCUAAAACGAUCAGCAAGUAAAUUACCAAGCAACACAACGGAGAAAAAGGUUCGUGCUAUCGAGACCGUUUGCGAAAGCAAGAAUUCGGAUCUAUCAAGUACUUCUACAAAGGAAGAUGAGGUUUUACAGAGGACUUAUUAUGCGUUUUAUACCGGAAACGAGACGAAUAUGAUAGAGUGCUGUAUUGGAGGAGUUAAAUGGAAUGUGAUAAUUGACUCCGGAUCAGAGUGCAACCUGAUUACCCGUAAUGCGUGGGAGAAAUUCAAAGCGUCUAACAUCAAUAUACACUCGUCUACAAGACACUGCAGUCGCGUGCUCAAAGCAUACGGUAGUAACACACCAUUGAAGGUUAUAGGAUCAUUCAUUGCUGAGGUACGGAUCAAGGAACGACAUGUGGUAGCAGAAUUUUUUGUUGUGGAUGGUGGUCAGCAAUGCCUUUUAGGAGAUAAAACUUCCAAGGAACUUGGAGUUUUGAAAGUAGGUCUAGAUAUUAACAUCGUGAAUGAGGAGUUAAAACCGUUCAAUAAAAUCGAUGGGAUUCAAGUUCACAUCCAUGUGGACCCGAGCAUUAAGCCAAUUUUUCAACCAUUGCGAAAAGUUCCUGUUCCUCUUGAAGACGCCGUGAAUAAGAAACUCGAACAACUGCUCCAGCGAGACAUCAUUGAAGUUAAGACGGGACCGACUCAAUGGGUGUCUCCAUUGGUAGUAGUGGGAAAAGCAAACGGCGAACCAAGGCUAUGCUUGGAUUUACGAAGAGUAAAUGAAGCCGUUCUACGAGAACGAUAUCCAAUGCCUGUCGUGGAUGAUUAUUUGGCAAGAAUGGGAAAACAGAUGAUUCGAAGUAAGCUCGAUAUUCGUGAAGCAUUUCUACAAAUUGAAUUGGAUCCUGUUUCCCGAGAUGUCACUACGUUUAUCACCAGUAAGGGACUCUUCCGCUUCAAAAGAAUGCCCUUUGGUCUUGUUACUGCUCCUGAAACUUUUCAAAGAGUAAUGGACGAAAUAUUGACGGGAUGUGAAGGAGUGUACUGGUACCUAGAUGAUGUCAUGGUGGAAGGCACAACUGUGGAAGAACAUGAUGCAAGAUUGAAUGAGGUUCUGAACCGUUUCAAGAACCGUAACGUUCAACUAAACUGGGAAAAAUGUGUCUUUAGGGUGCAUGAACUUGAAUUUCUUGGUCAUAUUGUAUCGGCUGAUGGAAUUUCACCAACAAAGGUCAAAGCAGAUGCUAUUCAAACCUUUCGAAUACCAAAGAAUCCAGCUGAAGUCAGGAGUUUUCUCGGGCUGGCUAAUUAUAUGAACAAAUUUAUCUACAAUUUGGCUACUAUAGAUGAGCCAUUGCGUAAAUUGACUUUGAAAGAUGCACCGUUUGAUUAGAAUGACGAACACAAUUACGCUUUUGAAAAGAUAAAGGAAAGUAUGGCUCGAGCUGGAAAGUUAGGAUACUUUAACCUAAGUGACCGUACAGUUGUAACAGCUGAUGCAAGUCCUGUAGGACUGGGUGCGAUACUAGCUCAAUA